AUGAGAGAUUGCAGAAGCUAUCACUGUCUAUGACAGUGAAAGGUUCUGCUCAGCUGUUCUCGUAAACUCUGGAUCUCUUGGUCUCGUCUCUCAUGGACCUGGUCAAAGACCCGGUUUGAGUAGAUACGUCGUGACACGAGGAUGGCUAAUCCAGAUAAGCAAACACUUAGAGGAUCUCGUCUCUCCUGUGUUAAAACAAUCUGAUCAAACAGACCAAAAGAGCCCUUCUCCCUUUCUCUGGCAGUAUUGCCGUGUUCAAUAGACCAGCUCUCCCAGGUCUGCGCCAAGAUCACUGAACCCAUUGACAUGAGAAACCCUUCCAGAAGUUGGGGAGGGAUCCAAUCUCCCUCUCUGAAUGAGGAGAAUGUGAGCAGGAUGUGUCAUUACUGGCGUUAUGGAUCUACAAAGCGAGCUGCUGAAGUCCAUCUGGUACGCGUUCACGUCUCUGGAUGUAGAGCAGAGCGGAAAAGUUUCCAAGUCGCAACUAAAGGUUCUCUCACACAAUCUCUAUACGGCGCUGAAUAUUCCUCAUGAUCCUGUGGCAUUGGAGGAGCACUUUAAGGACAAUAAUAAUGGGCCAGUGUCCAACCAGGGCUACAUGCCCUACCUCAACAAAUACAUCCUGGCUAAGGCAACGGAGGGGACGUUUAAUAAGGAAACCUUUGAUGAGCUGUGCUGGACGUUGACAUCAAAGAAGAACUGCAAACCCAGCAUUCAACAGGGCCUGUGUUCACAGAAAGACUGCUUCAAACUCUUCUGUCUGUUCAACCUGCUCUCGGAAGACCGUUACCCAUUAGUCAUCAUUCAACCGGAGUUGGAGUACCUGCUGAAGAAAAUCUCAAGUGCAAUGAGUCUGGAGUGGGAUGGGACGUUAUUGGAGGAACUUUUGUCCCAGAAUGUUGAUCUUCAGGACGGCAUGUCAGUGUGGGAGUUCUUGGAACAUUUGAGUGCAGGCAAGCUUUUGCAUGUUGAGAGCAAGGAGGCCUUCAGUCUCGCUGUGGACGAUGUUUUCAUGGAGAUGUACCACAACACCAUCAAGAAGGGUUAUUUGUUAAAGAAGGGGCACGUUCGCAGGAACUGGCAGGAACGCUGGUUUGUUUUGAAGCCUAGUAGCCUUGCGUACUUUGUCAGCGAGGACCUGAAGGAGAAGAAAGGAGAGGUCCUGCUGGAGGAGAACUGUGUGGUGGAGAAUCUCCCUGAUAAAGAAGGGCGACGCUGCCUGUUCUGCGUGAAGACUCCCAACAGGACCUAUGAGAUGAGUGCUUCAAACCUGAAGCAGAGAGUAGACUGGUUAACAGCCAUGCAGACGGCGUUUAGAUUGAGGGCCGAGGGUAAGAGCUCUCUACAUCAGGAGCUGAAAUUGAGCAGACGCAAGCAGAGAGAAACCCUUCAAAGAAGCCAGAGCAACGAACCCAUUGCAGUUGAGGGGUCGCAGCACUCUUCUCCGGAGCAGGAGGCAGAAACGGAGAGAUUGGAGCAACACAUUGAGAGCAUCAUUCAAAAACAGAGGGAGGUUGAGGCAAAGCAUAAAGAGGAAGAGAAGCAAGAGCGAGAGAAACAGCAGGCAAUACAGAGAGAUCUGGAGAGACAGCUCGAAGAAGCUAAAGAGGCCAAGGAGAGGAUGACAGCUACAUUGACUGAGAUGGAGAAGGAAGUACAGCGGCAGAAGAAGAGGAUCCGUGAAUUAGAACUCACACAAGUUAAACUGGAAGAGGCGCUCAACGCUCAGAUUCACGCCCGUUUAGAAGAAGACAGAGUCCGACAGGACCUGGAGAGGCAGCUUGCGGAGGAGCAGAAGAAACUUGCGGACCUUCUCCUUCUUCAAAGUCAGCUGGAAACCCCUGCUGUUAGGAGUCAGGAGGAGCCGCCACCCCAGGAUGACACUUCCACUGCAACAUGUCCCAUCAAUCAGCAACCAGAGGAGAGCAGUCAACACAACACAGAGGAGGUACCUAUCCAUGAAUCAGCUUCCACUGCAGCACCACCCAACAUCCAGCAACCAGAGGAGAGUGGUCAACACAACACAGAGAGAGAAUUGAUGAGUCAGUCUAAUUCCACUCAGAUGCAGAAACCCUGGAAAAUUCAGCUUAACCGCCUCAUGAAGCCCAUCGCACCAGGAGACAAAGUCGAGCAUCUGCCAGUAAAGCCCACCUGUCCCAGACGGGGCCAGGCCCUCACUAGCACAGAGUUCAUUGCUAAGGUUCAAACAGGCGUCGGUCAAGAAAAAGGAAAUGGUUACAGCCCAUCACCACCACCACAAGAAGAGGAAGAAUAGGGUUCCUAAAUCUGUGUUCCUACUGUAUAGCUAUAAUAUUUGUACAUGUUUUGUGCUGCAGGCUUACCCUGUGUGUUUGAGUCCGGCUGCAGUAGGACCUCACAGAUCGUAUAUGUACAGUUGAUCAGCUUUUUUAUUAUGUAAUAAGUAAUAUGCACAAAAUGAAUAGUAAAAAUAGAUUUUGAA